AUGUAUCGAUCACGUCGGCCAUAUGGUUAUAGACGACGUUAUCCAUACUUAGGUCAAGAUCGACGACAAUUACCUUUUAAAGAAAUAUUUUGGCGUCUAUCAUGGCCAUAUUUAUAUACAUUAGUAUUAGCAUCAUUGAUGAUUUUAUCAACUAUAAUCAUAUUUAUUCUUGAGAUUAUUAAUUUUUUAAAUAAUGAUAGAUUGAAUAAUCUAUCUAAUAUUACAAUAAUAGGAGCAAAACUUUCAUGUUCAAUAUUCUUCUUAAUUCCUGCAGUUUUUAUGUAUCUGCUUGUAUUAGUUUUUGAUAGUUCUCGUAUUUGGUCAACUUAUACACUUAUAGCAAAUUUAAUUGCAUUGAUAUCUAUUUGUAUUUUAAUUGUCGUAGAUAUAUAUGAAAUAACACCAUACAAUACAAUCAAAUCAACCAAAAUCAAAAUUCUUAAAAUUCAAUUAGCUGCAGCAAUAUUAAUGUUCUUUUUUCCAUUCGGAUUUUUAGCUGCUUAUAUUUAUACAGUAUUUGUAACACUUUUUCCUCUUCAUUCAUAUACACAUUUAGUUUAUCCAACUUUUUCUACUCUACCAAUGUUUGCUACAUAUUGA